CCGGGAGCGCCGGUCCUGCGGCAGGGCGUUUUCCCUGAUAAGCCCAGGCUGUGUCAGUUCUCUGGGCAGCCAUCAGACAAGAGGUGCUGAUUUCCCUGGUGCUACUAGACUUCUGGAUAGGCAUGGAGAACUUGGUGACUGGCCCCAGCCUUCCUCCGCUUUUUGCAGAUGAAGAUGGAUCUAAGGAAGGUAGUGAAAUUACUGUAACUGGAUUAGCUCAUUCUGAGAGUUCAUUCAGUGGUGGAACUUCACAGUCUGUGAAUAACGCAGAUUUGGUGGAGGAUUUGUCACAAGCUCAGCAACUGCAAAAUGAGUCCUCUAAUACUGCUGAAAACACAGAACCAAAGCCUGAGGAGGAGCAGCAAAGAACUAAACGAGGAGGCUGGGCCAAAGGGAGAAAGAGGAAGAAACCCCUUAGGGACAGCAAUGCCCCCAAAUCCCCCCUCACAGGGUAUGUGCGAUUCAUGAAUGAGCGUAGGGAGCAGCUUCGAGCGAAGAGGCCUGAAGUUCCUUUCCCAGAGAUCACCAGGAUGCUGGGCAAUGAAUGGAGUAAACUGCCUCCCGAGGAGAAACGGCGAUACCUUGAUGAAGCAGAUAGAGACAAGGAGCGUUACAUGCGGGAGCUGGAGCAAUAUCAGAAGACUGAAGCCUACAAAGUCUUUAGCAGGAAAGCACAGGACAGACAAAAAGGGAAAUCACACAGACAAGAUGGAGCAAGACAGCCAGCCCAUGAUCAUGAGAAGGAAACGGACACAAAGGAGAGGUCUGUUUUUGAUAUCCCGAUCUUCACAGAAGAGUUCCUGAAUCAUAGCAAAGCACGAGAAGCCGAGCUGCGGCAGCUCCGUAAAUCCAACAUGGAGUUUGAGGAGAGGAACGCGGCUCUGCAGAAGCACGUGGAGAGUAUGCGCACGGCCGUGGAGAAGCUGGAGGUGGAUGUGAUACAGGAGCGUAGUCGCAACACGGUGCUGCAGCAGCACCUAGAGACCCUGCGCCAGGCACUCACCACCAGCUUUGCUGGAGUCCCACUACCAGGUAGCGGGGAGACACCCACUAUGGAAACGAUUGACUCGUACAUGAAUAGGCUGCACAGUAUUAUUAUGGCUAACCCGCAGGAGAACGAGAACCUCAUAGCCACGGUCCGAGAGGUGGUAAACCGGCUUGAACGCUAGUGCUUGGGUCUCAUGACCCAGGGAUGCUUUACAAAAGUUUUUCGGCCAGUGUGGAAUAAGAAGCCAUGAGGGAAAGACUAGGGGCGGGAGGCAGAAUUUGCAGGUUUGUCCUGCUUUCUGCCUUUGCAGUUUCACUGGGGCAAGCAGAUCAAUGCAUUAAAAGGUCUCAAGAAGCCACGGACACCACCCACUAAGCAUUUUUGAACUGUCCUCUAUGUAAAAAAGAGCAUGUGACUUUUUGUGCAAUUUUCAAUUUUUUAUUAGCUUUUCUGGAUGUGAGAGUGCAUACUUUCUGUAACCUGGCUGACUGUGGAGGUGAAAUCUCUCGGUUUGUGAAAUUAAGUCAGCCUACUUAUCGUGGUAAUAACUUUGAAGUGUGUUAUUGCUUCAUGUCUUUUGACGUCCUUUAUUUUGUUUUCACAUUUACCUCGUGGGAAUUCAUUCCCCUACUUCAGUUUUCUUCUUUUGAUCUUGUUACUUGAUACUUGCAGUACUGGAUAGGAGCACCUGUGUCCUGUCAUGGCAGGCAGCCUUCCUCAGCGAGCUKUCCUGUCCUCCCUGCCUGCCACUUUUAUGUAAGCUUUUUUUCAGCAGAACUCUGCUUUUCAUGUUGUCCUGCGACUUCUAAAAUGUGAGUUCAUUCCCUACCGAAACUGCCUGUAAUUGGUGCUUUGGGACUUGAUUCCAGUACAGGACAGACUGUCCCACCACCCCUCUGAGCACCCUUUUUGCACGUGCAUCCUGCUCUUCUGUGAAGGUCUGUGGUUACCUCUUGAAAGUAUGUGC